GUAAAUAGUAAUUAAAUGAAUGAGUAGGAUGUUGUUUAAUAGGAAAAUACUUAGAAGUUAUUGAUUGGAACUGUUGAAAAGUGCAAAACAAUGGCUUUGCCGACUGCCCAACCAGCGGAGGUCCUGAGAGCGUGGCAGAAAGACGACCACUAUGAGAAACAACUUGCGGGAUCUAUGGCUAGGCUUAUGCCUUCAAAUCACGCAUCUAAAGCCGUUCCCAUAUCUUCCCUGCUAUAUAAAUCGUUCACUACGCUAAACGAUUUGCAGACUCUCGGCGAAGAAUACUCCGGAAUCGUUCAAGUGGACGAAACGUACCUUAAACUCCCAACAUUCGGCAAUAGACUUCUCAGCAUCUUGUUAUCGGCGUUUGGUGAAAAUUUGACAAGAAAGGUACUUCGCUACGCUGAAACUGCCGUUGAACAAAAUGCUACGUUAAAACCUGCGGUCCAAAACUCGCUCGUAGUGUUGUUUAAAGCUGUGGCUAAUAUGUUGCCGCAGUUUGAAAGCAUACACAGAGCUCUGUGCUAUAUUAGUGGUGGGCCUAUACAACUUGGGAAGACCGCUUCAGGGAUUGAUUAUGUCCAAGUUAGACCAGCUGCUGCAGCAUACUAUGCUCAUUUAAGGUUAUUAGGUAUGGUAACACUACUGCAUGCUUUUGUUUCUUGUGGUCAGAGUGUUUACCAGGCUAAGAGACACAUGGACCAAAUGAGAGAGUUUCCCAAUGAAGUUGAUAGCAACAAAUCCUGUGUAGCAUGCUUGGAAGAGAUAGUUCAGCCUUGUGUGCUGCCUUGCGGACAUAUUUUUUGUAUGGAGUGCAGUUAUGGAGCGUUGGAAACAUGUGCAUUAUGCCGCACACCAUUUUUAAAGAAUAGUGUUGUGCCUCUUAUGAACUAUUCUCCAUGAUAUUGUGAAUGUUUUUAGAAAUUGUAUAACCAAAGGUAAAGGUAAGUAGCAAGGGCAAAUGUUGAAAAGUUAAGUUA